UAUCAGCAUGGUGUGUAGUUAGCAGUUAGAGGGGGCAGAGACACGGUUCCUUGAGCCUCGGUUUCUGCAUUUGUAAAAAGGGUGUUGCUUUGAAGGAUAAAUGCAAAGGUUUUCAAAUGACUUGGUGUAUCAAUGAAAAGGGCCUACAUUGCAGGAGGUGAACAAUAGAUGCUUGUCUCCUGCUUUCAUCUCUCGGACUUUGGAGGUGGGGAGAGUGACCCGUGUACUUCUGCUGACUUUGUGGAUCUUGGGAUUGGCUGAAUAGCUUGACCUGAUUUUUGGAUGCCCUCUCCUGCUUCUCACCCUCCCCGGCUUUGGAAUAGAUGUUCUGGGGGCUGAAGGAUUUGUUUUCGUAUCUUCCCAGGAGGAGGGUUGCCUUGCUGUUUGUGGGUCUUCUGGAGGAUGCUUGCUUUAGGAGAUCCUAGAAAGAAGACAUUUUCUUUAAUGAAGGACCUCACCAGCAAAAGAAAUCAGUAGAAAUUGUAUUGGGCCACAAAUCCAAAUUUUUGUAAAACCUGGAUUUUUGACCCACUCAGGGGACUGGUGCAGGACUAAACCAAUUGGCCCCAAAUCCUCUUUUCUCAGCCGUGAGAAGCAGGAGUUGAUGGCUGGGCUCCUGGAAUCACCCACGCCGUGCCCUAUAGUAUUCCGAUUCAAGUACCUUUGGUGGGAUGCGUGAGCCCUAGUCUGUGGUGAAAGACAGAUGGUCCCUUCCGGAGCUUCCAAACGUCUAGAUCCAGGUACCUGGUUCAAGCCUCCUCCGAGACGGUGCUAGUAAAAGCACUUCUUGCAGCCACUUCUGUGUCUGGUGGUCUCCUAGCCACAUGUCUCAUGAAGGCGGGGAAACUGGAAAUAAAUAGGUGGGCAAAAGGCAGGACCAAAGCAAAGCUUGAAUGAAGCUGGAGGCAGGGAGCUUGUCCAUCAUUGCUGUCUCCCUCUAUCUACUCUGGAGAGGACUAAAGACGGGGCUGUGAUAAGAUCCCAGCCUCCCUCAUCCAAGAAGCAGCAGUUUGCUGGUUUCGAGCAGACUUAGGAGCCGAAAGGCCUAGGUUUCCAUCUUCACUGCAAAGCCGUUUGACCUUGAGCCAUUUAUUCGGCUUCUGUUUCGCCAUCUGUAAGAGGAUAAUAAUACUGCCUGCUUCAGAAGAGUACCUAUCUCAGAGGGUUGCCGUGAGGGUUAGAUGAAUAAAUGUGAAGCUGUACCAUGAAGUAGCAUAGGAAGCACUAUAUUCAGGUCAGCUAGUGAUACUGUUUCUGUAGGUAAUUAUGAAGGUUGUCGAUUAUGUGUUUUCAAACAGUUGCAGCCGCUUCCAGAAAUGUCAACAGCAUCUUGUUCCUUCUAGGGAAGAAAAAAGGUCUGAGCUGUGGCCUCAGCCCUUCUCAGGUCUCCGCACGUGUUUUAGUUAAUGAUUCCCUCAUUUGCCUUAAUCUGUAAACAGCUGAUACUCAUUUGUGAGAAGGAGAACAGCGAUUUCUCCUUGAUCCUCAUGACCCCACCCCUGGCCAGGACUGGCUGAAAUAUGCUUGGUUUCUGCCACUCCGACCUUGGGGUCUGGCUUGCCUGGUGAAGGAGGAGAGAGACCAGCAAAUACCUACGGUUGAUUCAGCCCGUGCUCCGUGUCAGGCCCUGGGUUUGUCUGGCUUGAUGUGUCAUUUCUCUUGACUGUCCUGUGCAGGGCGUACACAUCCUGACUCCCCCUGUGCUCCAUUUUCAGGCCUAACGAGGAAGAACUGAGGAUGAAGAGGGCGGAAGAAAGUAGCCCUGCUGUGGCAGAGCGUCCCAAGGUCCGGGAGUCAGUGGGUCCCCUGGUGGCCCCCACCCCUCUCCGUCCAUGGCCCCAGAUGACACUUCAGGUUUCUGAAGUUACAGUGACCGGCAAACCCCCAGAGGAAGGUGAUGUCCCCAGAAGCAGUCCGCCAGUGGCUUUCACAGAAGUUCCCCGGGCACCAGCCAUCAGGAUUCCCCUCUCUUCCUCUCUCUGUGGCCUGGGUGGGUCUCCCAGGGACCAGGCCUCAGGGCCCGAUGCGAGUGAGGGGGCAGCCGGGCCUCUCCUGGAACCCAGCCAGCGACAGGUGGAAGCCCCGUGGGAAGUGUCCAGCGAGAAUGGAAGGGGCCGAAAGGACUCCGUGGUGGGGGCUGUUAAGGAUGAGCCCUCCAGGGGUCUGGAGGCUAUGAGUGGGUUGGAGGAGCUGCUUGGCGAGGACACCAUUGACCAGGAGCUGGAGCAGCUCUACCUGUCCCACCUGAGCCGCCUGCGAGCUGCUGUGGCUGCUGGUGGGGCAGGAGGUGGGGGGGAGGGCCCCACAGAUGGGGGGGUGUCCCCCAGCCACCCUCUGGGCAUACUCACGGACCGCGACCUGAUCUUAAAGUGGCCUGGCCCUGAGCGGGCCCUGAACAGUGCCCUGGCUGAGGAGAUCACACUGCAUUAUGCCCGGCUGGGGCGUGGUGUGGAGCUUAUCAAGGACACCGAGGACCCAGAUGAGGAUGGGGAGGGGGAAGAGGGGCUCUCCAUUAUACCCUCCAGCCCAGAAGGGGACACCCCCAAGGAAUCGCCUCCAGAAAUCCUUUCUGGGGUCCGUUCUGUGGUAGCCACUGUAGGAGAUGUGUGGCUCCCAUGGGCAGGGGGCUCGGGAUGCGACAGCCCUGCGGUUCUGGGUAUAGAGGGUCAAUUCCCUGGGGCUCCAGAGAAGGGGAUGGGCAGGGACACUGACUCUCUGCAUAUGAAUAGGAUGAUAGCUGGGGUGACUGGGUCCCCGGAGGGGACAGAAGCCCGGAUGGAGUUUACCACCGGGACAGCAGACAGCUUGGUUCCUAUAUCCAGCAGGGAGCCAACUGCUCCAGUCCUGCGGGGGCAAAAUCUCCCCCUCCUUGGUCCCUUGGGGGCUGAAGUCUAUCCUUCCAGCCUGGCCAGGCCCCAUGUGAGCUCCCAGGAUGAAGAGGGUUCAGGCCCAAGCCUUGAGCCCCCAAAGAGGUCUCCUACCCGAGCAGCCUCUGCAGAGUGUGUGUGUAUAUUGCCUCCCCAGCUCCGGGGGCCCUUGACCCAGACUCUGGGGGUCCUGGCUGGGCUGGUGGUGGUCCCUGUGGCUCUGAACAGUGGUAUGUCCCUCCUGGUGCUUGCGCUGUGCCUCUCUCUGGCCUGGUUCUCAUAAGAGCCGCUCAUGAGAUCAGCAAUAACAGGCUUCCCCCUCUCUGGGGUCUGGGGAGGGGCAGCCCCUGCACUGCCCCCUCCCAGAGAGUUCCGAUGGGAUGUGUGGCCUGCACAAUGAGGGGUUCUUUGCUUCUGAGAAAGCUCAAUGGGAGAGAGGCCUUCCUGUCCCUGAGCUCUCCAGUCAGCAUGGCACUCCCUGUGAUGAUACCAGUGGAGAGAAACGGCACGGGUAGAUGGUGUAAGUGAAAACUUGCAGAAUGGAACCGGGCAUGUCUUCCCUUCCCCCGCCCCACCCCAAGCCUGUAUUUAUUUUUGUAUAAUUCUCUGGAUGAGGGAGAGUGGUCAUGAGCUGGUCUUGGGGCACAAUUACCCAGAGAUAUAUUUAUUAACAGCCAACCUGUGCAACCUGCUGGAGCUUUAUUUUUAAUUUAAUUUAUAUAGAGUACCUAUUAUUAUAUGCCACAAUAGAGCUCUAUGAGAAACGA